GUCUGUCUAUUUCUGUAUGUCGUUUAGUCUCUUAACUGUGUAUAUCUCAGUGUGAUUUGUCUAUCUCUGUUUAUCUGUCUUUUUCAGUGUUGGUUGUCUCUUUUUACCUGUAAUUUCGCAACCAUUCUGCUAAAUGGUAUGUCUCUGCAUAGUUUCAUUUCCGCGUUGUUUUUCUCUUGAAAAACUGGUUCUGGUUUAACAGGUUUAAGUUCAGAAGAAAAAACCUUCCCCCAGGUCCUUUAUCAAAACGCAAAAUUGAAAGAAGUUUCAGAACUUCUGCUCAAGACGCCUGUUCAGUGGAGGAACAAGAAACAUCUACAUCGCCAUUAUUCAUGCUGUGAAUCAGUAAAGGAUGAUGGCGUCUGUUAAAGAGCUGCUGUUAAACUCACUGAUGGAACUGGGAAAAAAGGAUCUGAAGCUGUUUCAAUGGCACUUAAAGAUGGAUGAGCAUAUAUUCAAUUGUGAAUUGGAGAAUGCAGAUAGAUGUAACACUGUGGAUAAGAUGGUAGCAUGUUUUGGACCAGAAAAGGCUUGGAAGAUCACAGUGGAGAUCCUGAGGAAAAUGAACCAGAAUGAUUUGGCUGAGCGGUUGGAGAACAAAUGCAAGCAAGGCUCAACUGCAGACAACAGUCAAGCUACUCUUCAUGAUUACACAGAGACCAGCCGCAGACUGAAGAACAUAUUAAAACAGGCUUACAGUCGGAUAUUGGUUGGUAAUUCAGAGACGGGUCAUCGGGAAUACCUGAACAAUAUUUACACUGAUUUAUAUGUGGUGGAGAAUGAGACUGGAGGAAGAGUGAACGAACACGAGGUGAUACAGAUCGAAUCUCACAACCGAUUAACUGCCAAGGAGAAGCCAAUCGAGUGUAAUGACAUGUUUAAAGUCCAGUGUGACACGGAUUGUCGUAACAGAAAAGUGCUGACAACGGGCAUCGCAGGAGUGGGAAAAACUGUCUCUGUCAAUAAAUUCAUCCUUGACUGGGCUGAAGGAACAGAAAAUCAAGAUAUAGAUUUCAUAUUUCCACUUCCAUUCCGUAGAUUGAAUUUGAUUAAAGAAGAGUAUAGUCUUAUGGGACUGCUCAACAAAUACUUCUCUAGAAGUCCUGAAGAAUUGACCUCUCUUCCUGAAGGUGAUGGCAAAGUUAUGUUCAUCUUUGAUGGACUGGAUGAAUGUCGCUUUACUUUGAACUUUAAAGAAGAUGACAUAUUUACAAAUGUUCACAAAAAAACAACAGUGAGUAAUAUAAUAAUAAACCUUAUCAAGGCACAUCUGCUUCCCUCUGCUCUCAUCUGGAUCACUUCCAGACCAGCAGCAGCCAGUCUGAUUCCCCGUGACUACAUUGAUCAAGUGACAGAGGUGCGAGGAUUUAACGAUGAGCAGAAAGAGCAAUACUUCAUCAAAAACAGUCCUGAGGUUGCUGGAAACCUCAUCAGUCACAUCAAGAAAUCCAGGAGCCUGUACAUCAUGUGCCAUAUCCCCGUCUUCUGCUGGAUCUCUCUUAUUGUUCUUCAGCCUCUACUGGAUCAAGAGAGCAAUGACAAAACUCCCACAACUCUCACAGGGAUGUACACAAGCUUCUUAAUUUCUCAGAAGCAACAGAUGGAAGAAAAAUACUGUGGUGCCUCUGAACCUAAAGCCAACGCAGUGUCUUUUGAUCAGAUUAUUCUGAAGCUUGGAAAACUGGCCUUUCAACAGCUGGAGAAAGGAAACCUGAUUUUCUACAAAGAAGAUCUUGAGGAAUGUGGACUCGAUGUCAGGGAAGGGUCACUGUACUCUGGGUUAUGCACUCGAAUGUUUCAGGAGGAAAAGAUAGCAGCAAGAAACGUUUACAGCUUUGUACAUCUCAGCGUACAGGAAUUCCUUGCUGCUCUUUAUGUGUUUAUGAUGGGCAAAGAUGGGAAAGCUGACCUAUUUCUUCAGUCCGGCAAAGAAAAACUGGCAUGGAAACUGUCCAAAAAGCCACUGUUUCAGCUUCAUAAUGCUGCAGUCAAGAAAGCUUUACAGAGUGAGAACGGACACCUGGACCUUUUCCUUCGGUUCCUCCUGGGUCUAGAGUCCAAUCAGAGUGACCUGAAGGGACUACUGCCAGGACUGGAACUCAGAACAGGGGGCAUGAAAAACACUGUUGACUAUAUAAAAAAGAAAAUAGCGAAGGAGGAGUCAGUAGAGAGGACCAUCAAUCUCUUCCACUGUCUGAGUGAAAUGAAAGAUGACUUUGUGGAGGAAAUCCAGAAAUACCUGAGCUCAGGAAAUCUUUCAGCACAGAAUCUCUCCUCUACUCACUGGUCUGGUCUGGUGUACAUGCUCCUGAUGUCAGAAGACACUCAAGAGAAGUUUGAACUGCAGAAAUACAGAAGAUCUGAUGAAGCAGUGAUGAGACUACUGCCAGUGAUAAAAAACACCAGAAGAGCACUGCUACACAGCUGUAAUCUCACUGUUCAGACCUGUGAGAGUUUAUCAUCAGUUCUUCAAUCCUCAAACUCCUUCCUGAGAGAGCUGGACCUGAGUAACAAUGACCUGCAGGAUUCUGGAGUGAAGCUUCUUUCUGAUGGACUGAAGAGUCCAAACUGUCACCUGGAGAUACUGAGGCUACAGUGCUGUAAUCUCACAGCUCAGUCUUGUGAAAGUUUGUCUUCAGUUUUACAAUCUUCAAACUCUGUUCUGAGAGAGCUGGACCUGAGUAACAAUGACCUGCAGGAUUCAGGAGUGAAGCUGCUUUCUGAUGGUCUGAAGAGUCCAAACUGUAAACUGGAGAUACUGAGGUUGUCUGGCUGUAUGGUUACAGAGAAAGGCUGUGGUUAUGUGUCCUCAGCUCUGAGUUUUAAUCCUUCACACCUGAAAGAGCUGGAUCUGAGCUACAAUCACCCAGGAGAUUCAGGAAUCAUGCUGCUCUCUGAAAAACUGGAGGAUCCAAACUGCACACUGGACAAAUUCAAUGUGGAUUAUGGAGGAGAAUUCAGGAUUAUAGAAGGACUACGCAAAUAUGCCUGUGAUCUCACUCUGGAUUCAAACACAGCAAACACUCAUCUCAUUCUGUCUGAAAAGAACAGAAAGGUGACAUCUGUGGAAGAGUCCCAGUCAUAUCCUGAUAAUCUAGAGAGAUUUGAUGGGUGUCGUCAGGUUCUGUGUAAAGAGAGUCUGUCUGGACGCUGUUACUGGGAGGCUGAAUGGACUUCGAAGCAUGGAAAUGCUGAUAUAUCAGUGGCAUAUAAAGGAAUCAGCAGGAAAGGAGGGAGUGAAAACUGUUGGUUUGGAUUUAAUGAAAACUCCUGGAGUCUGAAUUGCUCUGAUGACGGAUUAACUAUCUGCCACAAUAGUAAGGAAACUAGCAUAGAUGUCCCUUCAGGCUCCUCAAAAAGAGUUGGAGUGUAUGUGGACGUGUCAGGCGGCAUUCUGUCUUUCUACAGCGUUUCUGGUAAACACAGACUCACACACUUACACACAUUUACCUUGACAUUCACUGAACCCCUCUAUGCUGGAUUUGGGGUUUCAGGCUCCUCAGUUUCUCUGUGUCAGAUUGAAAAGCCUAGAGGCAACGAGACAUCACCUAACUGAUAAAAACAGUCUUCCUUUAUAAACUGUUGUUCUGUCGUUUACCCAGCAUGUUUUACAUCUGCAUGAGCUCUGACCAGGUUUUUGUCUAUUUACUCUCAGUGACUAAAAUUAUGUGAAGCAGGUUUGGUGAUUUGUUCUUUAGUUAACGGUACAAAAUUGUGUAUAAUAUUGUGUGUGUGUAUGUUUAUCAUUAUCAAGUUGUCUAGUCUCAUAUGAGUAGUGCAGCUUGAUGGCAAGUUUCAGCUAUUAAUGAAAGAAAUUGAGCUUUACUGCUCAUUGAAUGAACUGAAUCAAUUCAAUCAAUUGUUUUUUUUUUAUUUACUGUUUUAAAGUUCCCAAAUCUUGGGUCACUUUUUUUUGUGGGGCCACCACCAUUUUAAUCACAUUAAUUUUACCAUAUAAUGUAAGAUUUGUUCCAAUUUAUUUUAUAACCUGACAACCUUGAAUAUAACUCAACACAUGUAAGCAACACCGGUAGACAUUGCAUGGGAUUAGUUAAUAAUGCUAAAAUGUUGUCGGCAUACAGAAACGGCUUGUGUUCCAUACCCCCUGUGUGAACACCUCUGAUAUCUGUAUUAACACGAAUCGCUAGAGCUAGUGGCUCCAGAAAUACUGUUAAGAGCUGUGGGGACAAAGAACACCAUUGACGGGUCCCGUGUGAGAGAUUAAAAAAGUCUGACACCAAUCCAUUUGUCAACACUGCUGCCCUCAAGUUGUAAUAUAUAGUUUUUACCCAGUUACAAAAUUCAGGCACGAUCCCGAACAUUGAAAGGGUUGCCAUAAGAAAGCCCCAUUCUACCCCAUUCAAAGGCCAUCAAGCGAGAAGACCGCCACCGGGUCUGGACUAGAUUAACUUUUUUGUGUAAGAUGAAUAAUUCUUCUCAUGUUAUCGCCAGAACUCCUAUUCUUAAUAAAACCAACUUGAUCACCAUU